AUGGUCGUGCCUAGCGAGACCUCCCCCUCAAAAGAUCCAGGCAACAAACCUGCAAAUAAUACAAGUACCGCCUCUUCCUAUACCUUCCCCUCCUCGCCGCCAAACGCCAUUCCUCCACGUAGAUCAUCCACCGGCCAUUCUUCCUCGUCUUCGUCAUCUUCUGCCGCUGCAGUGCUCGCCUCGUUAUCCGGCCAAACCACGGCGCCCAUGCCGAACUCCUCCAAGGCUCCCCUGCAUACCGUUCCCGAAACCGACUGGCUGGCCCGCGCCGCCUCCGUCGCAACAAACCACACCCGCACCCACUCUCACAAACACUCCCACUCCUCCUCCCACCGUCGCCGGCCCUCCCUCGGCGUACCAACAACCUCCUUCACUCUCACGAUGCAGCCGCCUCCCCCUCCCGACCCUGCGCGCUAUGCGACCGCCGACCUCAACUUCACUCGCAAGACCUGGCCCGAGGAGAAGGACAAGGUCAUCACCGGGCCCUUUGACUACCUCUUUGCCCACCCGGGCAAGGACUUUCGCGCUCAGCUCAUCCAGGCCUUCAACGCCUGGCUCGAUGUGCCGCAGUCCAGUCUUGACAUCAUUACCAACGUCGUCGGCAUGCUUCACACUGCCUCCCUGCUGAUCGACGACGUCGAGGACUCGUCCUCACUCCGCCGGGGUCUGCCCGUUGCACACAACAUCUUUGGCGUCGCCCAGACCAUCAACUCGGCCAACUACAUCUACUUCUGUGCCCUUCAGGAGGUCCAGAAGCUGAAGAACCCAAAAGCAAUCUCCAUCUUUGCCGAAGAGCUUGUCCACCUCCACCGCGGCCAGGGCAUGGACCUCUUCUGGCGCGACACUCUCACCUGCCCCACGGAGGAAGACUACCUCGAGAUGGUUGGCAACAAGACGGGCGGCCUGUUCCGGCUCGGUAUCAAGCUCAUGCAGGCUGAGUCACGCAGCCUGACGGACUGUGUGGACCUCGUUAACAUCAUGGGCCUCAUCUUCCAGAUCCGCGACGACUACAUGAACCUCUCGAGUCAGGAGUACUCGGACAACAAGGGCAUGUGCGAGGACCUGACCGAGGGCAAGUUCAGCUUCCCCAUCAUUCACAGCAUCCGCUCCGACCCUUCCAACCUCAUGCUCAUCAACAUCCUGGGACAAAAGACCAACGAUGUUGAGGUGAAGCGCUUUGCAGUGGCGCGCAUGGAAGGAACCGGAAGCUUCGAGUACACGAAGCAGGUCGUCGGCGUCCUCAUCGACCGCGGCCGGAAGCUGGCGGACGAAAUCGACGGGGGUAAGGGCCUUAACAAGGGUAUCCAAAAGAUUCUGGACAAGAUGGUUAUCUGA